GUGCGUAGGCUCCGGGAGACGCUACGGCAUUAAUGGCGGAAGUGGACUUAGCUGCCGAGUUCCCUCAGCCGGCCGGUGUUACGCGCUGGGCCGAGCUUAUGGCUCGCUUCGCGGCUAGGCUGGGCGCGCAGGGCCGGCGGGUGGUGUUGAUCACGUCGGGCGGCACCAAGGUCCCCCUGGAAGCGCGAGCAGUGCGCUUCCUAGACAACUUCAGCAGCGGGCGGCGCGGUGCAACCUCGGCCGAGGCCUUCCUGGCCGCGGGAUACGGAGUCCUGUUCUUGAGCCGCGCCCGCUCCGCUUUCCCCUUUGCCCACCGCUUCCCGCCGCAGACCUGGCUGUCGGCUCUUCGGCCCACCGACUCAGCCCAUUCUGGCCUGCUGUGCCUGGAGGCCGAAGAGAAGGCGCUCCCGGGCUUCGCUGCAGCCUUGCGGAGCUACCAAGAGGCUGCGGUAGCCGGCACUUUCCUCGCGGUAGAGUUCACCACUUUGGCGGACUAUUUGCAUCUGCUGCAGGCUGCGGCCCAGGCACUCAAUCCUCUAGGCCCUUCUGCGAUGUUCUACCUGGCUGCGGCUGUGUCAGAUUUCUAUGUUCCUGUCUCUGAAAUGCCUGAACACAAGAUCCAGUCAUCUGGGGGCCCACUGCAGUCCUGUAAUAAAGAUCUAGAAACAGAUAAAACAGCACAAAACAGCCUAGAGAGAGAUGUGGAACAGGUGGCAAAGACAGCGAUGGCCCGUGAAGAGAUCCGAAGGCUCACUGAUGAACUACAAGUGAAGGAGAAAGAGCAGAGUAAAUUAGAUUCUGUGCUUCAGAUGGCGCAAUUAGAAAAAGAGAAAUUGAAAGAAAAUUUGAUAAAACUAAAAGAAAAUGGUGAGCUGUAUUCAAAGAUAUAUUCAGUUGACCUACAGAAAGCAAAGGAACUUAAUCAGAGACUGAAUGAGGAAAUUCUAGCUUUAAGAAAUCGGGUUCGAUCACUUGAUUCAGAAAAAAAAAUGCUUGGAGAAGAGGUUGAAAGACUUAAAGGAGAGAUUCAUGAAUCUCAAGAGAAUGAGCAAGCUGAAAACCAUGCCCCUGGAAAAAUUGUGGGUGCUGAGCAGAAAGUACAGUAUUCAUCAUCUGGAGAAAAACUAAAACACCAACAGCAAGAGGAACUACAACAACUUCGCCAGAAUUUGCUCCGGCUGCAGAAUUUGUGCAACUCAGCUGAAAAGGAGCUUCGAUAUGAACGAGGGAAGAACUUGGACUUAAAGCAACAUAAUAGCUUACUUCAGGAAGAAAGCAUUAAGAUAAAAAUUGAACUAAAGCAGGCCCAGCAGAAGUUAUUAGACAGUGCCAAGAUGUGCUCUUCUCUCACAGCAGAAUGGAAGCACUGUCAGCAGAAAAUCAAAGAACUGGAGUUGGAAGUACUUAAACAGGCUGAGAGCAUUAAAUCACAGAACAACCUACAGGAAAAGUUGGCUCAGGAGAAAUCUAAAGUUGCUGAUGCGGAGGAAAAGAUUUUGGAGCUGAAGCAGAAAUUAGAACAUGCUCAAAAGGUCUGUCUCACAGACACUUGUAUUUUGGGGAGGAAGCAACUAGAGGAAAAAAUAAAAGAAGCAAUAGAAAAUGAAGCUAAAGUAAAGCAACAAUAUCAGGAAGAGCAACAGAAGAGGAAACUUCUAGAUCAGAAUAUAAAUGAGCUGCAAAGGCAACUGAGAAUUUUACAGGAUAAAGGAAAUAGACUGGAAAUGACCAGUUCUCAGCAACAAUUCAGAAUUCAACAACAAGAGACCCUACUUAAACAACUGGAAAAUGAAAAAAGAAAAUCUGAUGAGCAUCUCAGGAGCAACCAGGAAUUGUCAGAGAAGUUGUCUGGGUUGCAGCAAGAGAAGGAAGCUCUACGUGAAGAAUAUGGGCAGUUUUUGAAGCAGCUUGAUGUCCAUGUGAGAAACUACAAUGAAAAGCAUCACCACCAGAAAAACAAGCUUCGAAGAGUCAAAGAUCGUUUAGUUCAUGAAGUCCAUCUACGAGAUGAGAGAAUUAAACAACUUGAAAAUGACUUUGGAGCACUGCAACAACAAAUGGAAAAGGAGAAGGAAUUCCAGGACCAGAUCACCACCCAAAAUGAUAUCCUGCUCCUAGAAAAAAGAAAACUUCUGGAGCAACUCACAGAGCAAGAAGAAGUGAUCCAUGGCAACAAAUGGAUAAUAUCUUCAGUGCAGAGCAGAGUACUUUUCCUGGAUAAAGAAAAUAAGCAAUUACAGGAAAAUAGUCUCCGGCUCACACAGCAGGUUGGCCUUUUAGAGCGCAUUAUAAGGAGCAUCCAGAUUCGCAGAGGAGAGGAAACAACAAUUAGUGAAAUCCCUGAAUUUGAAGUAUUGAAUAAGAUAGUGCCUUUACCAAAUUCCAGUUUUUCAGCAACAGGUUUGGUAGAGUCAGUUGGAAGUCUUCAAGAGAUUGAAGAACGUAAGUCACAAGAAGCAAUGGCAAAACCAAAGUCUGCCGAGUCUCUUUCGUGUUCACAGAGUUCUGAAGUUGGAUACAUAAACGUGGCUUCUUUGAAAUAGACAUACGGCAUCCAAGAACAAGACCAAAAGUCAAAACUAUAAAAUCACUGAUGUCUAAAACUGUACUGAAGUUUGGACAAAAGGUGGAAUUUGACAUGGAAAAGAGUCACCACAGAUCUCCACUGAACAUCAACCAGGAGUCUUAGAAAUUGCUGAUAAAUUCAUUAAACCAGUUCAAAAAAUGUAUUUCUUAAUUGUGUUUGAUGUCCUCAAAUGCCUUGUAUUGAUCGAUAUAAUGACUUAAGUUAAAUGACUUAAUUAGGCUUCUGUUCAGUGGAGGACGUAUAUGGUUAAUUCAGCAUUCUUUUGCACUAUCACAGGUAUUUUUUUCUUGUUUAGUUAUUCUUGUUAAUUGUAAAAAACAAUAUAAUAACAUUAAAGCAAGUAUUUAAAAAAGA